AUGCGCCAAGCUGGCCAACUUCUUUUCUAUGGCCACGCAGCUCUACAUCGAGCUAAGCGUGCGUUAGACAAGGCGAAGAACCCAACUGCCACUAUAUCAGCAGCAGACUUGACUACCGAGCUUAUCGAUAUCGGACAUACAACAGGAGCCCCCCUACUCCAUCCUAUAGACUCGGAACUACGGGGGCACGUCCAGUCAAUUGGUUCAGCGCUAAAUCAUGUCGGUGGUAAGAACCUCAUGCUUCAGGCGCACCAAGCUGUCAGCGAGAGACUUGGAGCCAGCCGUGCCCGCGAGCUGGAACUUGCUUGA